CUUCGAGGAAAGACGCCAAAUUAGACGAAGGACCGAACGACUAACCAGAUAUUAAAGAUGCAGUGGAGUCUCUUUCUGCUGAUUCUGAUGGGUCAGUGUUUCGUCUCCACCUGUUACCUGUAUGAGUACCACUUUAUUAGAGAAGACAAAACCUGGGAAGAAGCACAGAAAUACUGCAGAGAGAAUUAUGCAGACCUGGCCAGCGUGUUUGACAUGGCAGACAUGGUGAGACUGCGUGAAUCCAAAGAGUAUGAAGGUAAAGCCUGGAUUGGACUGUUCAGCAACCCAGGAAAAGAAAACAGGAUGUGGCAUUGGUCUCUGCCAGGGGUGAACUACACUGAACAUGAAACCAGAUGGGGAUCUUCUGAACCAGAUGAUCAAAAUCAAAAUGAGAACUGUGUGAAGACAAGAGGAAACUGGACACAAGCCAGAUGUGACCAAAUGAUGCCGUUCAUCUGCUACGAUGGAAAGAAGAGAGACGGUAAAUCGAUCCAUUUGAUUGAGGAGAAGAUAACCUGGACAAAGGCUCAGAACUACUGCAGAGAUCACUACACUGACCUGGCCAGUGGACUCGAUCAGGCGGAUGGGGAAGAAUUUAAGAUCCUGAAAAAGUCUCAGGAUGUGUGGAUCGGCCUGUUCAGAGACACCUGGAGGUGGUCAGAUGGAAGUAAUUUCUCUUUCAGGCACUGGGAUAUGGAGUCAUUUAAUGACGGACAAAACAAAAAGAAAUGUGCUGUGACUCUGUUAAACAGAUCAAGAAAAUGGAGCUCUGAUGAAUGCAACAAAAAAAAUCCUUUCUUCUGUUAUGAUGAUAAAUUGAUUCUGAUCAAUGAAAACAAGACCUGGGAGGAAGCCUUGGAUUACUGCAGACUGCACCACACUAACCUGGUCUCCAUCACUAACCCUCACCAACAGAGAUGGGUGGAGAGGAGAGCCAAGAAUGCCAGCAGUCCCUACAUAUGGGUGGGACUGCGCUACACCUGCGUGAUGGAUCUGUGGUUCUGGAUCAGUGACAAACUAGUCUGCUACGAGAACUGGGCUGAUAACGGAAAGAUUGAGGAGUGUGAUAGGUGUGCAGCUAUGGAAAGAGGAGGACGGUAUCAGUGGGUCAGUCAAAGAGAACAUGAGAAAUAUAACUUUAUUUGUUCUAAACAAUAAGUUUUAAACCUCUCUGACUCACUGCAGGUUAAUUGUUGCAGCAGAAAUAAUUUGCUUUUAUGAUUUUUAUCAAGCACU